CUGUCUUCGAAAAACGCCUCAAACAGAGAGGAGGGGGGCGAAAGAUGCGUUAUACGUUUUAGAGAGAGAAACAGACUCUGAAUUGUAACUGUCUUCUCUUCUUCUCUCAGAUCUUGCAAAAACCCUAUAAUAUCAAUAUCAAUAACCAUAACAAGCUUCAUGUAAUUCUUUUCUUUUUUCUUCUUCUUCUUCUUCUCUUCUUCUUUCUCUUCUCUUCUGUGGUGCUUCAAGAUUCUUUUCCCUUUCUCACCGUACUUCGCUCCCACCUCCAUUUUCAUCUUCUUUUUCUCUCAUUUUCCGUUUGUUUCCCGGAAAAAUCUGCAACCGAAUCUAUUCUUUCCGUUUUGGUUCUUUCUAGCGCUGUCAAGCCGUUUCUUGCUCUGUCUUUGUACCGGUUAGGUGCUCCUCCUUCCCGCAUUUUUUGAGUUGAUUGGCGUUUCCGCUUUGUUUGGAUUUUUCACAGUGGGAUUUUCCGGGAAACUGAGUUUUUCCCGGAAAAAUAAUGGAUGAUAGAGGUGGUUCGUUCGUCGCUGUUAGGAGGAUUUCGCAGGGUCUUGACCGAGGCAACGCAUGCAAUUCAACUUCUGCUGAGUUUGUGACAGGAUCAACCGCAUGGCUUGGCCGAGGUCUGUCUUGUGUCUGUGCACAGAGAAGAGAGAGUGAUGCUCGACCCUCUUUUGAUUUAACUCUAGCUCAGGAGGAAUGUUUGCAGAAGCUACAGAGUCGUAUAGAUGUUCCGUAUGAUAGUUCUAUCCCUGAGCACCAGGAUGCCCUAAGAGCUUUAUGGAAUGCUUCAUUUCCUGAAGAAGAACUCAGUGGAUUGAUUUCUGAGCAGUGGAAGGACAUGGGCUGGCAAGGAAAGGAUCCAUCAACAGAUUUUAGGGGUGGUGGUUUUAUAUCAUUGGAGAACUUGCUGUUUUUUGCUAGGAAUUUCCCGAAAUCCUUUCAGGAUCUUUUACGGAAGCAGGAAGGAGACCGAUCAGUGUGGGAAUACCCAUUUGCUGUUGCUGGUGUUAACAUUACAUUCAUGCUUAUUCAGAUGCUCGAUCUUGAAGCAGUCAAGCCACGGACACUGGUGGGAGCAACCUUCCUAAAAUUUCUUGCAGAAAACGAAACAGCUUUUGAUCUUCUCUAUUGCAUAACAUUCAAGCUGAUGGAUCAUCAAUGGCUUUCUAUGCGUGCCUCAUACAUGGAUUUUAACACAGUGAUGAAAUCUACACGCCGUCAGCUAGAGAAAGAGCUUCUGCUUGAAGACAUAACACGGCUAGAAGAUGUACCCUCAUACAGACUUCUCACCCGAUAGAUAUCAGUGCCUAGUCUGUCAGUCUACUAGUUCUAUCUAGAAGGUUGUUGUACUUGAUGUGAUGCUCGAUUUCCAUUCCUUGCAAUUCAGCAUUUAACCUUCUAACGUCUGAGUAAGACUGAGGCGAGCCCAAGUAUGAUUUCAUCAAGGUUCUGGAGGCUGCAGUUAAGCUUUUAAUCUAGUUGGAGGAUGAUAUUGUUAGCAGACAACUGCCAUGGGAGUCUGAAAUGUAGGUUUUCUUGGUACCAAAAAAGAUUAGAUUGUAAUGAAUUGUGGUUUGCCUAUAUAUUUCCAUGACGUCCAUUAAUGGGCAAAUACAGCUUGCAGUAUUGUAGUUCAGGUAGGUGUGCUUAAGUUAGUAGCAGCAGCAUCUGCCUGGCCUUGUUUGUGAAGGAAUUAAUACUGCAUAUUUGUUUGAGUAAAAGAUUCAAUGUUUGAGC